AUGGGAUCCAGAGACACUCCAGGCUGGCGAAGGCUAGACGUCGGCGUCAUCGGCGGCGGCAUAGGCGGCAUGUCGGUCGCCAUUGCCCUUCGCCGCGCCGGCCACGCCGUAACCAUAUAUGAGAAGUCUGAUUUUGCGGGAGAGGUGGGAGCCUCCGUGUCUUGCGCCGCCAACGGCACGAGAUGGCUGCACGAGUGGAAGGUCGAUGUUGCCAAGGGCGACCCCGUCGUCCUCAAGAAGCUGAUCAACAGGGACUGGAAGACGGGCGAGCCUGUAAGCGUGUAUGAUUUGGAGGACUACGAGGAGAGAUGGGGGUACGUCUACAACAUGUUUCAUCGGCAGUACAUGCACUCCAUGUUGAAGGACAGUGCGUUGGGAGAGGAAGGGGAGGGCACGCCGGCGAAGCUACUCGUCAAUCACAAGUGUAAAAACGUUGAUGUGGAGGCUGGAAUAAUCGCGUUUGACAACGGCGUCACGGCGCAUCACGACGUCGUCAUCGGCGCGGAUGGAAUCGGCUCGGCGGUCCGGAGCGCCAUUGGCAUUCGUCCCGAGAAGCGCCCCUCGGAGCAGAGCUGCCUCCAUGUCAAUGUGACGACGGAAGAGGCCGUCAGGCUCGGGCUCGUCGACUACUCGCAGCACAGCGCGCUCGAGUACUGGGGCGGCCAGGAGGGCAAGUGGGAUAAGAUCGUGCUGUCCCCGUGCAACGACGGCAGGCUCCUGUCGUACUACUGCUUCUUCCCGCGCGAGCAGGGCGACUAUGCCAGCCAGACCUGGGGAGGGGCCGACCGCCCCGUCGAGGAGCUGCUCAGCCCGUAUCCCGAGCUGGACCGCCAGGUGUUCAGGCACCUCGAGAUCGGGAGGGAGAUUCGGCCCUGGAGGCUGUGGAUUCACGACCCGUAUCCGUACAUUCACAGGGGCAGCGUGUGUCUCCUGGGGGACGCGGGCCACCCGAUGAUGCCGCACCAGAGCCAGGGCGCUUGCAUGGCCAUUGAGGAUGCCGCCGCGCUGGGUAUCUUGUUUGACAGGGACCACUUUGGGGGCAGCAUCGCCGAGGCCCUGGCUGUGUAUGACGCAGUGCGGCUGCCGAGGGUGACGAGGGUGCAGGCUGCUGCUGCAAAGGCGGCGUAUAACAUUAACGAGAGAAUCGGGUUCUCCGUCAACAAGUCUACCACGACGUACAAGGUGGAGGACCCUAAGAAGAUUCUGACAAUUGAGGAGAUGAACACGUAUGACAUGUACAAGGAUAUUGAGCAGCAUCUUGCUCAGAGAAGAGGGGAGGCGUACACGGAAAGGUUUGUGGAUGGGUUGCCGAUAGGGUUGGAGUUGCCGAGUGGUGUGGUUGUUGGGGCAUGA